AUGACAUUGGGUUUGUUUGAAAAGGUCGAACAUAUCCUAGGUUAUCAAGAAAGAGAGAAAUAUUUUCAUUUCUCAGCAACAUCAUAUGAUAUCUGGAAUAAAUUCUAUAAUACUGCUACUGUUGAUACCUUUGUAAACAAAAGUAGAGAGGUUAUUGAAAAUAAUAAUGUCUUUGUCGAUUAUGUCUGUUUCCAAAAUUUUGAUUCAGGAGUUAUUCGAAUCUCUUCAAUUAAUGAUUCAAAAGUUCUUAUAUCAACUUCCUCUUUUUAUAAAUGCUCUUCAGCAAAUAAUGGAGGUUGUAUAAGUUGUUCAAAUUCAGGAUCUUGUGUUCAAUACAAAGUUUCGGAUUAUAAAUCAAAAAUUCAAAGUGAUUAUGGAUCUCAUUCAUAUAUUACAAUGACAGAUAGAUAUCUCAGCAAGAAUUUUGUAAUUGAAUCAUCAUUCGAUCAAAAUAAGGGACGGAUUUCGGUUUUAUAUAACAAAUAUGUAUUUAUUCUAUUUUCAUCAAUAAAUAUUUCAAAUUCAAAUCUAAACUAUAAUGCAGCAUUUAUCAGUGUAGAACCAUAUAAGCUUUCAGCAAAUUUCAGUAAUUUCAUCAAAAUUUCAUCAAUUGCACAAUGCGUUUUUUGGCAUGGGUAUGGUACACAAAGUUUCAGCUCAAGUAAUGUUAUUGAUAAUAAAGUUACCGAAAAUGGCAGAAUUUUCGCUAAUAACCAAGCAUCACUUACAGUAAAUCAAUGUUUCUUCAAAGGAAGCAGUGCUGCUACAUUAUUUUUAAUUGCUUAUAGAAUAACAUCAGGUACUACAAAUGAAUGUCAUUUUGGAUCAGACAAUACAUUCCAAUUGAAUGGAAAUAUUCAGAAAUCACAGGAAAUGACAGAAAUCAUACUAUCAAAUUUAUUUCCUACUUUUUUAUGCAUAAUUCCAACAAAAUUAAUUACAACUCCCCCUGCAAAAUGUUGCACCGUCGUCCCUAAUUUGCACAGGCGGCAUUAG